GAAAACCUCGAACCGUGAAGACGACUUUCCUUUUCGCUGGAAAGCACCCUAGACACGCACUGCAAUACCGGCGCCAGUAAAUUGGAAUUAAUUGAGCAUUGGUGUUCUGGAUUAUCGAUUAAACUACUGGAUAUGUCAGAAUCAAACAAACAGUUCUAUGCUCCAGAUAGCUACGAAUAGAUCGCGAAUGUGAAGUUUGACUAAAUCAUUGCUCAUCAUGACCUAAAAUACUCGAAUAAUUGUGUUCCGGUUGGAGGUGAAGAAUUCCAAAGAAAAUAAGCAAUUGUUGCAUUUAAAUAGUAAGUUCAAAGUAUGAAAAAGUUUGCACGGAAAUCCAAUGGCGGCUGCGAGACGACAACCGACAACGAAUCAAGCUCGGUGCUGUCCUCCUCGACAAACUCCGGAAGUGUGGCACGGGAGCCGAAGCGUGGUAAGAGCAAGUUCAAAGCUCGACUUCCGGUGGUUCAGUGGGUUUCUAGCGUGGGUCGCACCGACAAGAGCAAACGUGCCAUCGUUUCUUCACCACCGUGCUGUGGGCUGAACACUGCCAACGAUAAGGAGAUUCAGACGGAGAAACAAUUCGCCGACAAAUCUGUGCAAUGUGACGAACUGAAUCAUUAUGUAGUUACUGAUAACAGAUCUCAAUACACGACGACUCAUCAGGGCACAACAAUUGAUUCCAUUAACGACGAGCGGUUAGAACUGCUCUAUGGAAGCAGCCAUCGACUUCACGUUCAUCAAGGAGGGUGCAACUGUUGCUGCCGGUAUUACGGACCAGAUGCACCAAUCAUGCAAGGCCAGCUCCCUCUACGGUCUCCUCUUCAUGACGCACGGCGUCGAAGUCUUGACCAGUCUAAUGAGAUCAGCGUGUUUCGGUGUUCUAAUCGAUUAGUGGAUGCCGUUAACGGGAAUCAAUAUCCCAGUGAACAACAGUUAUUCAGGAAAAAUAAUCUCAUAUCCUACACCAGUGAUAGUGAAAUGUGGAAAAAUGAUAAAAAUAGAGUUGCACGUGUUCAGGGAAAUGUGCGCCAAGAAAAUCGAUGGUUCGCAUCUCAGCCGGCGUUGAAUUGUGUUACAGAAUCUACGGAAGAAGAAAAUCGAUCAUUUUCCAGGAAAAGUAGUGCGCAACGCAAAGUAGGCCGCGUCAGUCCAUUUGUGGCCCCUCGAUUGGUGGAAGAAGUUGAAGAAGAAGAAGAAGACUUGGAGUUGGAAGAAGAUCACAAUGGAAAACGCCAAGUGGAAAAUAAUCUAUCGGCUGAGCUCGAGCAGCAGGCCUACUUGGUGCUUGGAAUGAACAGCCAAGCGCGAAGGCCGUUUAAACGAAAAAUAUGUACCCCGUUCGACAAGCGGUUAACGAUGCCGCCGGAACAUUUCAAGCAAUGGCCAUCCGAAUCAACAUUUGAGACUGAUUUCCACGACAAUUAUCGUCACAGCUUUCCGGUUUACACUUCCCAUGAUUCCCAAAACGCAUCACCUAUGGUCAACGAAAUUCACACACGCGAAGCCGUCUAUCAUAGACCCAUCCGUCCAACUCGUCGUGCCGCCGAGUGUAGUGCAAUCGAUAGCAAUUCGAUUAUGUUUCGCAGCACGGCAGAUGAUCUUCAUAAAUUAGGCAAUUUAAGCAAAACAGCCACCGAGUCAAGGCAAAGACGAGAUCGAACAAAAAUCGACCCUCACAACUUAAGGCCAAACCUGGCAGAGCCGACUAGACUGCGUCCACCGCCUGCCGAAGCAUCUAGAUCACCGUCGAGUGGUGCAAGUUUGUACAGUAGACUUAGCGGCAGCAUCCAGAACCUGUUCAUUAGCGGAAGCCGGGGUCAGUCCGGUUCGACAUCCACUGCUGUUCGGUCGGGUUUCAGCAAAAGUGAGAACAAUUUGAGUGAGCUUAGUAGGCGGCGCGCGCAACGCAACGAUCGUUUUAUGCUGUUCGGUUCGCGGGGAAAAGUGCGACAGCGGAGGGCUAAUAAUUUUCUGACAAGUGGCGGCGGAAGUUUCUUCACGUACAACUACGACGACGAGGAGGAGAGCCGGUGGAAAAAGUACUUCAGCUUCGGCAGCAUGCAUCUCUUGAGGAAGCACAAGGCGAAGGCGGCCAACGAGACGGAAACGAAAAGAAUUCAAGAUUUGGAUGGCAGUUUCUUUGAAAAGUUCGGAUCCAUCUUGCGCCAAAAGUCCAUCAACCAUGAGGAAAGUGUCACGUUGGAGCCUUUCCCGGAGCAGAGCCACCAGUCGGAGGGAACUCCGUUCAGCGUAUCGGAGACAAUUCCCGAGGGUGAGGACAGCGGCAAUGAAACGCUCCCGGACAGCGACACCGAGGAGCAGCAGGAGAAACAGAACGAGUUUAUCGGUGAUGCCUUCGGAUGGAAUAUAGAGGAGCUGUACGAAGAAGUGCUGUUUGAAAUCUUCAACAACAUUGGCUGUGAUGACGAGGAGCUGACCGAAGAAAGUUUGGUCCACUAUGUUCAGGAUGCAUUUAAAAUUUCCAACGAAAAGCACGAGGAAAUCAUGAGGGUGGCGCGCAACAAGGAGCCGCCGGAGAUUUGCCUCAACGUGGAAGUGAUCGAAGCCAAAGAGCUGGAACCCAAGGACUCCAACGGCCUUUCGGAUCCGUUCGUGACCAUGUACAUCGCCUCGAACCCCACUCACCGGUAUAACACGUCGGUGAAGUCUGCCACCCUGGAUCCGGUUUGGGAAGAGCAUUUCUCACUGCCAAUCGAUGAAAACGCAAACGAUGCCAAUCUGAUUGUGGAGGUGUGGGAUUUUGAUCCGGCGGAAACGGUUAAGGAGAAAAUGAACAAGGUGUUCGAUGUGAAAGGCGUCCGCGGGUUGAGAAAGCUGAUGAAGGAAAUUGCCGUAACGGCUUCCACCGGGAAGCAUGACAACGAACUGAUCGGUCGUGCCAGCAUACCAUUGAAGUCCAUACCCGCAUCCGGUUUGGUUAUGUGGUACAACCUCGACAAGAAAAACAAACUCAGACGCCAAGGAACGAUAAGAAUAAGACUGAACUUUAGCUCGCAGAAAAACAACCAGGUGGCGGCACAGGAGCACCGACACUUGCUCAGAAUACUGCUUCUUCACGAGCUGGAAACCUCGAAAGUGGCACCGUAUUGGUGGUCCGGAAAGUUCACUACCCAAGGUGAAUACGUCCUCACGCAACACUCCGCCCAAAGUAGUCUCUCAACGACGGCUGGAGCCUUUAUCCAGUGGUCUGUCUACACCGCCAUCCACACUGAUCAUCCGCUUUCGUUUGGGCUGUUUGACGGCAUACUGGACAAAGUCGUUCGUGCGAUUCAGCUGAGAGCUGUUUCCGAUGAUGAGUUGAAACUGUUUUGGGAAGCUACCAAGAAACUACUUCCGUCCUGUUUCUCCGUAAUCCGCAAGCUGCGCAAGAAAACCGCAGGAGAUAAACUAGUAGUUAAAAUGCUUACAGAUGUACUGAACAUCAUUGCCAAAGUGUCGAUGCUGGAACCUCCGGAGGGUACCGAUUUGUUUCCCCUACAGCAAUAUAGCUGGAUCCGCUCGAACACUGCCGAGCCAAAUUGGGAUAUUCGUGAAGCUGUGUCGAGUGCUGUUGUUAGCGGUGCUGAAGACUGGUUCAAUAGCAUUCGGGAGGGACAUUUCGUGGAGUCUGGUCUGGAUGAGGAUCGACUGCAGAAUUUGAUCAAGAUUAUCCAGCUGGUACGAUCAGACAUUCAACGAUCGAUUGAACACUACGAUAAGCUGUUCCAAGAAAUUCUGCACUUCCAAUAUACCAAAGAGCUUUACAUAACGCACGAACUGAAGCUGGCCGAGCUUAUCAAACCUUGCGUGGAAGAAAUCUGCCGUGCUCUAAAGCGCAUCGAUAUCCCAGAAUCCAACACUGCGUUGAUGGAGUAUGAAGACAUCAACAUGGGUACAACCCUGUUCGAGUUGUAUCUGGUACUGAAGCGUUUCUCCAAACUUGGUCCCGCACUGAGCCCCGGAGAGUCCAACUUUGCCAUCGAUGAGUACCAUAAUUGGUUCACAGCAGGUGUGACGCACUGGUUGGACAUUUCGGUGUACAAAGCCUUGAUGCGAAUUCAUAAGGCAAUCGAGCUGGACAAGCUGCAACCGGUAGACGAAACGGUCAAGUAUUCCUCCUCUGCGGUAGACACGCUAGCAAUCUUCUACCAAAUCAAAAUCUUCUGGCAGCAGUUGGAUUGGCCCGAUGUGGAAGGAGCGUACAUCUUUGUUGCGAAGAUUGUCGAUGACAUUUGUCGCUGCUGUGUCUUCUACGCCGACCGUAUGUCAAUUCGAGUGGAGAAUCUCGGACUGGUGGAAAGCGUUUAUGAGAAGAAGUUUGAGGUAACUACGGAAUGGUGCCUAGCUAUCAAUAAUAUCGACUAUAUUCGCCAAAGCUUGAAACCAUUCGCAACCGAACUCGGCGUAGACGACAUCAUCAAUCGACUGUCCGACGUUCAGAGUCCAUCCGAAGCGGAACGCUGUGCUCAGACGAUGCGUGCUGUUCUGGAGGAUGCGGUCGAUAACGAGAAGAACAAAAUUCUCGAUUUGGUUGAGAAGCUGGCAAAAAAGAUGGCGCCACCCAUGCGCCGAUUCUUGGUAGAAGGUGCCGAGUUGCUUCAGCAAGACUCCAACUCAAUGGAUCGGUUGAUGAUGUACAUGGAAGAAUCUCUGUCAACUCUGAAUAGCGAAUUGAAUGAAAUCAAUUUCGAGCGAGUGUUGGAUGCCAUCUGGGGUGAAUUGACCACCAUUUUGUACGAUCUUAUUCAGAGCAAUCUUGAUAAACGCCGUCCACCAGCAUUUUUUGCCAACUUACGCGACACGUUGCACAUCUUGGUGGAAAACUUCAAAAGUGCAGAAAACCGCGAGUCUCAGAACGCUUCCGAUAGGGAAACGUUGGAUCAAAUCGAGCGGCUACUGCAGUUGCAUGGGUACGAGACGACCGAUCUCAUUCAUCAGUAUUACAUCGAUAGGCUGAAGGAACAGGAACUGGCCAAAGAGGAGAGCAUCUUCGGUAUGCUCACGGUGCAGUGUUUCUUCAAGAACAACGUGCUAGAGUUGGAGAUCAUGAAUGCACGCAACCUCAGGCCAAUGGAUUCUAACGGCACGUGCGACUCUUUUGUGCGUGUGCAUUUCAUACCUGAGGAACGCUUCGUCGGUGUUACCAAACCCCGCACAAAUACUCAAUCGAAAACGCUGUUUCCACUGUACGACGAAAAGUUUGUUGUAACAUUCAACCCGGAGCAACGGGCCGUGAAAGAUGCAAUCAUUUUGUUUAGCGUGAAAGACAAGGACCUGUUUGGAAUGUCCAACCAAUACCUGGCCGAGUGUUACUUAAGUUUCAACGACAUUGCGGACAUUUCCGGCGAGAGCGGCAAAAUCGAACAGAAGCAUUUAAAGUUGACUCGACCGCAUCGAUUGGAUACGGAUUGCGUGCGGGCAUUGGAUUAUCGUCAAGGUGACAAGCAAGCGAAAGAUUUCAUCAAGAAGCUGAAGCAAAAGAUGGGUUGAAGCGAACUUCAAUGACUUUGAAUAGGUGCCUUUAUUGGAAGUGAUCCAUUGUUAACAUAUUUAAAUUGCUUGCGAGCAGCUGUGCAACGUCGUUUAUUUUAUACCGCUUUAUUUAAAUGCCAGUAACUGAAAAAUAGAGACCUUAACUGAUGA